AUGUUUUCCACACGUCUCGCCAGCGUGGCUGCGCGCCGCUCCUUUGCCACCGUGGCACCCGCGUCGUCGUCGUCCGCGCACAAGGUGGUCGUCGUCGGUGCUGGCACGGCGGGUCUCAGCAUCGCCCACCAGCUGCUGGGCACGGGCCGCUUCCAGGACCAGGACAUUGCCGUCGUCGACCCUGCCGAGUGGCACCACUACCAGCCCGGCUGGACGCUCGUCGGGGGCGGGCUCAAGACCAAGGAGGAGCUCCGGCGGCGGAUGACGGACCUGGUCGACCCCAAGUUCAAGUUCUACAACACGUCGGUGGGGAGCUUCAAGCCAGAGGACAACACUGUCCGUCUGGGCAGCGGCCAGUCCCUCGAGUAUGAGCACCUGCUCGUGGCGCCGGGUGUUAAGGUGGACUUUGGCAGCGUGCGUGGGCUGCCAGAGGCCCUGGCCGACGAGGCGACGCCUGUGUCGUCCAUCUACGGCUACGAGUCCGUCGACAAGCUGUGGAGGGACAUUUCCAAGACGAGCAAGGGCCGCGCCAUCUUCACACAGCCGGCCGGUGCGAUCAAGUGCGCGGGCGCGCCGCAAAAGGUCAUGUGGCUCGCGCUGGAUCACUGGCGCCAGGCAGGCCUGUACAAGCCCGACGGACCGUCCGACGUGAACAUAACCUUUGCGUCCGGGCUGGGCGGCAUGUUCGCCGUGCCCAAGUACGCGGCCAAGCUGGAGCAGCUGCGCAAGCAGCGCGGCGUCGAGGGCCUCUUCUUCCACGAUCUCGUCUCGAUCGAGGGCGACAAGGCCGUGUUCGCGCGACCGGACGGGCAGGACAAGGUGGAGAGGCCGUUUGACCUCUUGCACGUCGUGCCCAAGAUGGGCCCCCACGCCUUUGUCAAGGACAGCCCCCUUGCCAACGAGGCGGGCUACGUGGAUGUCCACGACAAUUCGGCGCAGCACAAAAAGUACGCCAACGUCUGGUCGUCGGGCGACGCCUCGUCGCUGCCGACCUCGAAGACGGCGGCGGCCGUGACGGCGCAGGCGCCCGUCAUCGUCAACAACAUCCUGAACACGAUGGAUGGCAAGCCCGUGGAAAAUGGGUACGACGGGUACACGUCCUGCCCGCUGCUGACAGAGUACGGCAAGGUGCUGUUGGCCGAGUUCAAGUACGGCGGCGUACCCAAGGAGACGUUUGGCGACGUCUUUGGCAUCGACCAGGCGGAGCCGAGGCGGUCGUUCUACCACCUCAAAAAGGACUUCUUCCCGUGGGUGUACUACAACAACAUGGUCAAGGGCACAUGGGGCGGUCCCAAGGGGUGGCUGAACUAA